AUGACUUUCUUGAAAACUUUCGCGCUCAUUUUGUUCACUCUCAACAUCGCCUCUACUUUAGCAGUACCUGUCAUUGAGACGCAAGGGCUGAACAAACGAGGUUCAGUUUUGGUGUAUACACUGGAGAAUAAUCUUUGGGGCGAAUCGGCAGCAACAAGUGGCUCGCAGACUUCCCAGGUAACAGCGACGAGCGGGACCACAAUCACCUGGCACACCACAUACAGUUGGACCGGCGGCAAUACACAGGUCAAAAGCUAUGCCAACCUCGACCUUCGCCAAGGUCUGGGCAAAGCCAUCUCUGCCAUCUCGUCAAUCCCGACAACAUGGCACUGGACAUACAGCUCUGCGUCGACAAACUUGGUUGCCGAUGUCUCAUACGACCUUUGGCUCUCAGAGAUGGCUGGAACUGGCGGUGCUUCUUCAUCUUCGACCUACGAAAUUAUGAUCUGGUUAAGUACUCGUGGCGGUGCUGGACCUGCAGGCUCGCAAAUCGGCACCGCCACCGUUGACGGUGUCACAUGGAAGCUCUACAAAGGCACUGUCUCAACCUGGACAGUCUUCUCGUUUGUAGCACCAAGCGAGAUCACCAGCUUUGUCACCGAUUUGAAGCCUUUCCUCACGUACUUGACGGGCAACCAAGGUGUCCCGUCAUCCCAGUUCUUGGUCCAAGCUCAAGCUGGUACUGAGCCUUUCAUCGGAAGUGCGACGCUUUCUACGACGUCCUACAGCCUUGCAAUCAACUGA